CCCUCCCCCUCCCUCCCUCCCUCCCUCCCUCCCUCCCUCUGUUUCUUUCAUUUCGUGUUGGGCAAAUGCGCCAACAGAACACUCGACGAUCCUCAAUCUCUCCGAAGUACCAGACGCCGUCACAGCUGGGGCUGACGCCUUCAUCAGCCGAUUAAAGUUCGCAUUUUUAAACGAAUCCUGAACAGCGAUAAACCCAUCUAGGUGUUAACCCUUCUGCUGCUUCCUUGCUUGCUCGACAGUCCCCAAGUAAUGGGUUCUUCUCCCCUGCAGAUGCUGCCCACCUCUCUCUCUUCUCAUCGGAUACAUCGUGUGUUAAUGUGAGUUUUGAUUAGUUAGUUCUGCUAUCAUGGGUAGAGGUCGUGGAAAGGGGAAGAAGUUGUCUGCGAGCAGUCAAGAUGAUGCAUUCGAAGAGGAAGAGAAGAUUCCGGUUCAGAAGAAAAGGGGGAGGCCUCAGAAGCUGGUAAAGGAGGCAUUCGAUGAGGAAGAGGCUGAGAAGGUUGAAGAAGAAGAAGAUGGCGAGGAUGCAAAGAGUGGGAUCACCACAAAAGAGCCGAAAAGCCCCAUCCCAGGAGAGAAUGGGAAGAAGAGGAAGCGAAACACGCAGUCGAAAGAUAAACCGAGCUCAGUUGAAGAGGAAAAUGGAGGAGAGACUCGCUUGGGCACUGAGGACUUGAGCAAGCCUAAUGGGUUCCGUCAUAAUGGGAGCAGGAGGAAAAGCAAGCCCCGGCGGGCUGCUGAGGUGGGUGUCGAAUGCAAGUAAACCUCCUUUUGCAGAAUAAAGUACAAAUCAGAGGGAGAGGCCUCCGGUGAAUGUUCAUUUGAUUUGUCAAUCCUUAUGUUGCUUAAUCUGUUCUUUCGAUAUAUGAAAAGUUUUGAACUAUAUAAAUUAAUCGUACCUUGCUACAAUGGUAUUGACUAAUUUUGCUAGUUUUGCGGUGUUCGAGUAGCACAGCCUUUGUAAUGCAGGUUUUGUGUUCCAAUAGCUUUGUAAUUAAUCUAUCUGGAAAUCUUAAAGAGCAGUUUAAACGUUCUUCUA